UCAAGAGGCGCUAAAUGGGCAAUGGCGCGCGGAAAUCAAACGACCACAACAAAGGGGAAAUGAAUUGAAAUAUGUAAAACAAAACAUGGAACCUGAAAUUAAGGAUGAAAACGCUACAGCUGCAAAUCAUACAGAUGAAAGUGUCAGUUUUUCCCAAGUUACUACUGUUGCUAAUCGGUGGAUUUUCGACUUUUUGUUUGUAAGUCUGUGUCGGCGGUUCAAGGAAGACAAAUUUGAUGAAUUCAAUGAAACGCUUUCGACUUUCCAGGCCAUUCAUCCAUCACUGAAAGGAAAUGGCCAUCUUGAGAAAACGAUUAUUUGUGCCUUCCUUGCAAGAGUCAUGCAUGGAAAUCAAUUGGAUGUCCUGUUUGAAGAGGAAGACCAUGUGAUGCCUCUGAUGUCUGCUUCCAAAAUAUGGUCAGACCUAGAGGACACUGUGGAAGAUGAAAGUUUGUUCAAAAACAUCACCCAUCUUUUGCUUGUCCAGUCUGUGGCUGUGUGCUUGGAGAAAGGCAAAAGAUCUUCCGCCUCCUCUGCCCUCAAGUGGUUUGAGAAUAACCAUGAAUUCCCACAGAACAUGAUAGUGAAGCUGUCGACAAUAGUGACACAGAGGGAAACCUACCACCCGUUCCUCAUGAGCUUCAGCUUCAGCCGCCUGCUGGAGACAAUCAAAUCUUACUUGGACGCCUACUUGGAGAAGAAUCCCUCUGACUACCUCCUCAAGGAAGCCACAAAGAUGGUGCAGUCGUCAGAAAACACUGAGGGUUUGGAGGACGUGAUGACACAGGACAGCUCUCUGUCAGAAGAAGCCAACAAAUCAACAGAGAACAGAAAGGAAAAGAAGAAGAAGGCUGUUUGUUUGAGAACAAAACGGAAACUGCUGUCAACGAAGAUUUCGGACAUAUGGCAAACUGAUUCAUGCAAGAAGUCGUUUGUCUCUCUCAGAAGAAUCUCCCGCAGCGAGUUAUCUGAGUUGACAUCCACGAAGUCAACGGACACCUCGAAGAUCGAAAAAACAAGAAAACCACCUCAGAAAUGGACAUACGAGCUGGACAGGUACCUCAAGAUUGGCGUUCGACGUCACGGCCAGGGGAAUUGGUCUCGCAUAUUAUUGGAUUUUGACUUUGACGGCCGCACUGGCACCAUGCUCAAAGACCGCUGGAGAGUUCUAAUAAAGACAAACAAAGUAGGCUAAAGAGGGGGGCGUCACUCUCUAACUUUUACUUUGUAGCAAUGUACCUGUAAAUAAGGCUUGACCUAACCUUUUCUCAGCCCAGAGCUUAAUGUCUGAAGGUGUUAUCAGUGUGUUACUGCUGCUCUGUUUGCACCAAGACAAUAUACCACCAGAGGGCACUCAACACAUAAUGAUUAAUUGAGCUACAGCCAUGGCCUUCUAUGAUGAGAUAGAUUUAACAGAUAGUUAACAAAAUCUGUAAGUAGUCACCUCUAAUUUAUUGAUAUAUGGGAUUAGCUACCGCACUCAUUCAACCCCUUUAAACACAUUGGCUAAACUCUUGAAAUAGAUCCUUUAUGUUGUUGGAGUCAAAGCUAUUUCAUACCACUAGAGGGCACUCAACUCACUGAACUCAGCUGUCAGUGUUGCCUCAUCAUCUGGAACAGUUCAUGUUUGUUUGGUUUUAUUUUCUUGGGGGGGGAGAUCAGUUCACAAAUGUAAAAUAUUGUUAUCAUUUUAAGUUAAACAUUUUUGCUAUAACACUGUAACAAACGAAUACAACAGUGUUACAAUUAAAAUUAUGUAAAAUCUUCUUUUGAUAAAUGCUUAAUUUGUAAUAAAAUGUGAAAUACUGUACAAGUUACAACUGUGUCUUUACAUAGUGUGCUGCAAUGGGAACGUGCAUGGUGAUUGCAGAGCAAAACAUACUUUUUUUUUUAUAUCAGUAGCAUAUUAUUUAUUAGAGACAAAAUUGCAUCGCACAAGUCUUGAGUCUCUUCUUCGAGCUGAAAGCCUUUUUUGAAGCAUCUGACCUGAACACAGUGUUUCAGUCUCGCUGGUGAGCGGCGCUCGGCUGUGAGGUGUUAUCGUGGACUCCAGAUCAGAGAGUGUUGCGCGGCGCUUCGUUUAGAUCAGAUGAAGACGAAGCUGUGUUGUGGCGGACAGUUGCACUGCUGGGUUUGCUGGAUCUUCUUCCAGGUCCCGCUGCACUGAUGGUUCCCCACCGCCUGCCAGUGGAGCAAAGCUUCUCUGCAACACAGUCACAGCCACUAAUGUUUUUAUCACCGCCAUGUGCGUCAUUUCAGACAUUAACAUCUAUAAUGGCAACAAAACAUGAAAUGUAACGUGCUCUUGUAUCAAAUCUUUAGUAAACCAGG